UGGUACUUCUGAUGAGCCUCACCUACACUGAACUUUCAGUCCUGCUUAGGGAAAGCUGCUAGCUGUGUGCCUUGGACAAGUUAUGGAACCUCUCUGAGUCAAGUGUUCUCAUCUGUUACGUGCAGUUUACAGUUCCUAUUUCACAGUGAGGAUGAAAUAAGAUCAGAGCACCUGAUACGUAAUAAGUGCUCAAAACACUUAUUUCCUCCCCUUUGGUUCUCGAGUAUCUGAAAUACGGUCCCUUUAAGCUUGUUAAGAUUCCUCACUAGCCUUGUAUGCAGCUGUGGGCAGAGAGCUUUGGCAGAAGGAAAGACUUUUUGUUUUUUUUUUAAAUGACUGUUUCAUAAUCUGUUGGCUCAAAUCUGCUGCUGCCACACCCUGUGCCUCUCAGGGUCCCUGGGUCCUGUUGCAGUUAUCAUAUGCCUCACCUUUAACCUAAAUGACCCUGGGAAGUGGCUGCUAUGGAAGAAGGAUUUACUGAAUGCAAAAUGGAUUUUCUUCCUUGCUCUUUGGGGCAAAGCUGGCUCAGCGAUUCUUAGCUGUAGGGGGAGGGGCUGGCAGGCCUGACCGCAGUUGGACUUAGCGGUCAGGGGUUUUCUGGUUUUCAUUAAAAUUCUCUGGCUGUCUUUCGGGAUAGCUCCAUUGGAUAUGACUGUGCACUGGAGCCAGUUGUGCUGUUCUCUGAGCUAUACACACCCAUCAAAUUACAGUGCCCCUGAGGACAAGAGAAAACUGAAGCUGUGUAAAUGAGUAUGGAAGAUUAUGAUUUCCUGUUCAAAAUUGUUUUAAUUGGCAACGCUGGUGUGGGGAAGACUUGCCUCGUCCGAAGAUUCACUCAGGGUCUUUUCCCCCCAGGUCAAGGAGCCACAAUUGGAGUUGAUUUUAUGAUUAAGACAGUGGAGAUUAAUGGUGAAAAAGUAAAGCUACAGAUCUGGGACACAGCAGGUCAAGAGAGAUUUCGGUCCAUUACCCAGAGUUAUUACCGAAGCGCCAAUGCCUUGAUCCUCACCUAUGACAUUACUUGUGAGGAAUCCUUCCGUUGCCUUCCUGAGUGGCUGCGGGAGAUAGAACAAUAUGCCAGCAACAAGGUCAUCACUGUGUUAGUGGGCAACAAGAUUGAUCUGGCUGAAAGGAGAGAGGUCUCCCAGCAGCGAGCUGAAGAAUUCUCAGAAGCUCAGGACAUGUAUUAUCUGGAGACCUCAGCCAAGGAAUCUGAUAAUGUGGAGAAACUCUUCCUUGACUUAGCAUGCCGACUCAUCAGUGAAGCCAGACAGAACACACUUGUGAACAAUGUAUCCUCACCCUUACCUGGAGAAGGGAAAAGCAUCAGCUAUUUGACUUGUUGUAAUUUCAACUAAAGGCUGAGGCACAGAGAAGCAAAAGGAAUCUGCAACUGCCCUGAUGGGCCACGAGAUGCUGGGGCGAUCUGGUGAUGACUGUGGCUCCCGCUCUCGGACCUUCUGACUCCUGUGGGCUCCUGAGCUUACAAAAAGCAUGGCAGGCCAAGGGCCUAGACCACAGGCCAGCAUUAGCAGAACAUAUAAUGGUUUCACCCUUUUGCAGUCUGGAGUUGGAGCAAGGAGAAAAUUGCUCUAGGCACUCCAUGAUCUGCAGAGCAUGUUGCUUUUGUUUUUUUAAAAAGCAAGUAAAAGUGCAUUCCCGAACAGAGUCCAGGGGGAAAUGUACUGUAGGGAUCCCUCCUGCACAUCAGUGGGUGCAUGUGGGAGCUGUUCUUUAGGGCUUCGGUGGUAAUCUUCUGGGGGCCCUGGUUUUCUUGUCUACCAGAUAAACCAAAACUGGGAAGGCCAAGUACAUCUCUGUGGUACGUCUUGACCACCCCAUGGAGAUUUUGCAAAGUGUUAUUUCUCUUGUCCACAGGCACUUUCAAGAACUUUGGGAUGUAAAAAUGAAAUGAAAUCUUUACUCAUUACCAACAGUAACAAUCAUUGUUUUAAUAAUAUAUACAAGCUCCAUGACUCCUUUUGGUGCUAAUGAUUCUGCUAUUUCACAGACCAAACGUUUUAGUACAUUGAUGUCCUUAAAUGUAUUAUAUAGAAAUAAAAAAAUGGGGGAAGUCCAUGAAUCAGCAGUCUUUCUCAAAGUCUCAUUACUACCUUUUUAAAGGUGGAUUUUUGGGAAAAGAGAAUACUUUUCCUUUUAUGUUCCCCUCUGAAUCUCUACCAUUCUCUUCUCUUUUCUCUCCAGCCCUUUAAGUAAAUGAAAAAGUUUGCAAACUGAAAAAUAAAUAAAUAAAUGUUUGAUGAUAUUCUAAUAUAAAAGCUUAGCUCUAAGACAUUUUGAGUAGUAUGAGGAAACAGACCAGAUAUGACCAAAAUACUGUGGAUUAAGGGACUGUAGUGCAGUGCUCCAAGCAAAGCACAGUCCUUGAUAGUAGGUCACAUCUUUUACUUCCUGGUACUCUCCAUCUUGGACAGACCAAGGCUUAGGAUUUUGUAGAUUUUUUUAGUAUGGUAAGUGAGAAUAGCAACAGAUAAAAAGUCUCACGACCCAUUUUUAUAUCUUUGAUGAUAACCAUAGAAAAAUUCUGCUUGUGGAAGCACAUCGAACUGUCAAUUUUUCCCCUCCUUGUAAUGAUGUUACCCUCAGAUGCUUAACCAUACAUUCUUCCUUUUUUCUUUCUCUUUUCCUCUGUUUUUCUGGUCUCUCCUUUUCUUCUUCCCUCCUUCCCUCCCUCCCUCCCUGCCUCCCUUCUUCCUUCCCUCCCAUCCUUAUAUGCAUGUGUUACUGCGAAUCUCCAAUUCAAAUGGAGGUGUAUAUGCCUUUACUUAGCCAAUUUUAAAACAGGACUCAAGAUGGAAGAUGUGCUGCUGAAUAUAUGUUUCUGUUUCUUCAGUGCCGUACUUUGAUAGCUUCCAAUUUGUUCACUGAUAAAAAUGCAAAUUGGGAAAAUAAUUAAGCCUGUAUGCUGUUGAUGCUGUCAGAUGUUUCUGUAGCUUGCUGCUUAGCAUAACUGAGGGAUGAGUAAUGGAAUAAGGAUAUGAUGUGUAAUUCCACUGUUGCUGUAGAUGGUGACAAUCUCAGUCCUGAUAUGUUGAUGUUUGAAAGCUAUUUAAUUGUAAAGAAAUGAGUCAUGUAGAAACAUGAUGUUCAUAAAGCAUUUCCCGCAUUUCUCUAGCAGAUUCCCGAUUAACCAGUCUCUCGCACAUGGGAUUAUACAUAUUUUUUAAGGGACUGAUAACUUUUGGUUGGCCUCACUGUGUUUUCCUGAUCCUGUGGGAAAGAGAAAGGGAUCCCAGAAGUUUGUUUUUCUUUUAGAAUCAGUCUCUGCAGGAAAGAAAAGUCAUUUUAAUAAAACCAAAAUAAUUUAUAAUAAUUGUUGCCUUUCCCUCCCCGUCCUCUCCGCUAAGCCAGCAACUAAAGGUAUUCAGAAAACAAGUUAAUCCAGGUGGGUAAAAGAACUUUUUUAAACUGUAAGGAAAUGUUCCUAAGUUUAGAUUCAUUACCUGUCAUUUAGGGCAAAAAUCCAGUGCCCCCAGCACAUGAUGACCCAACUUUUUCUCACAGUAGCAAGUGCUGAAAAUAAAGUUGCUUUGUGAACUUAGAGGAAAUGGCUGUGUCAGAUUGGACUAACUUACUUGCAGAAUGACACCUUUUAGGGCCACACUUAUAUUAUUCCCUAGGGUUUAGCCUUCUCUGUAUAUCCAUGGCCAGACUAAGAAUGGGAUUAAAAAGCUGUGUGGUCUUGGCCUCUUUCUUCCCUGUUGCUCCUCCCAGCCUUUCUAUAACUUACCAUUCAUGGCCCAUCAGCAGGAGCACAGGAGAAUGUGGGACAUUUUUUUCUUAGUUGUGUGAAUUCCAGAUUAGGCCUUAUGGAUGCUUGUCUACUAAUAUAUCUCAAGUUUGAAAUCCCUGACAAUAUUGUAGGUGCAAUAAAUAUUAGUCGAAUAAAUAUUUAAGUGCCAAGAUUGGGAGGAGGCUUUUUUUUAUUAAACAGAAAUCCCUUUAAGUAGAACUUAAUAAAGGACACUAAUUACAGUCAUCUUAAUCCAGGCCAGGACCUAAAUUUAUUGGUUUGCCUAACAGUCUUAUUGCCAUGGCAAUAUUUGCUGAGUCUUUAGAUAAAAAUGAAUUCUUAUUUAGUGGUAGAUGAAGAAAGAGAAAUUGCUUUAUCAUAGUUUAAUUCGGCUUUGGUCUGCUAAGACUACCAGGGUUUGUGUAUUCCUCCAUUUUUGGUGUGAUCUUUUUCUUCUUUCAAUAAAGUUAUUAAAUAUAUAGCAAAACUUUUUUCAGUUUCCAAUGAAAAAUGCAUGAUACUCAUGUCAUGAAGUCAGGCUUGGGGAUAGCUAGGAAAUAAAAGUUUGCUGAUAAUGAUAUUUCAUUAUGGCUUUGUGUAGACUAUAUCCUCAAAGGAUUUUGUGCUUUGCCCGGAGAAGGCUUUUUCUCCCAUUGUAUGCUUUUAUUAAAUCUGUUGAAUUAUAUUAAUAUUUUUUGAAUUUGCAUGGCCAAAUACUUUUUUGUGGAUUACUUAAUUAGGCUAUGGGCUCUUCCUGGCCUUUCUUGUUCCCAGUCUUUUAAUCAUUUCACAUUUUUAUCUCUCCCUGAGUAAAGUGGCAAGAAAACUAAAAUGAAAAUUAAAUAGAGUGAUUUGACAAUGUGUCUGUUCUUAUUUAGAGUUUAUAAGGAGGGUAGAAACCAUUGACCAAAAUAAGAUUUUUGGAUCAAGAUUAUUUACUUUAAGCCAUUUAGACUUGUUGGCCAGCGACACCACAUUUGACAAAGGACUGGGUUCUUAACUUCUUUCAUUCAUGAAUAUAUAUGCCUUGGGAGGACACUGGUGACAGAGUUAUGCCAAUGAUUUGCCAUAUUACCCUUUAAGCUAGCCCAUAAUUCUACCAGACCUCAUACCAAGUUUCAGUUCAUGACUCAUACUGAAUAAAUAUCAGUUGUAAAUGGUUUUGAAUUGGUCUUCCUACUAAAGUGAAACAUCUCCCUUUAAACCAAGCCACAUGAAUGAAAUAUCAUAAUCAGAAUUUUUUUUGCAUAGCAAAUGAAUGGCCUUCUCCACUAAGCCAGCAACUAAUGGUACUCAGAAAACAAGUUAAUCAAGGUGGGCAGAACUUUUUGAACUGUGAGGAAAUGUUUCUAAGUUUAGAUUUAUUACCUGUCAUUUAGGCAAAAAUCUAAUUUUUUUAAAAUUUCUUAAUCCUGUAGAAAUCUGUAUUUCAUAGUAAUGAGUAUUUAGGGAUCAUUGCUCUAUUAGCAUCUGGGAGAGAUCGUCUAGGGUUUGCCUUUCAUUUUUUUCUAGAAUUUUGUUGUUGUUUUAACUGCAACUGGUUACUUUUCUCAACUAUGGUCCUGACAUGUUUAUACUAUGAUACUUUUGAGACUUAGCUAAAGAAUUAAAAGCCAUAAAAUGACAUUUGCUUCUCAUCCUUCAGUCAAAUGUGUUCCAUUUAAGCAGUAUGGUUAAAUACUAAUUUUGGGAUAAGGGAGGGAUAUGUUUUUUUUACUUUCUUUUUGGAUUUCAUUUCUGUGACAUGAGCCUAUUUGUGUUUGGAAGGAAAGAUGCCUUCCUUUACAUUCUUUACACUGGUAAUUUUUUCAUACUGAACUAAGAAAUUAUCAUCCUUUCAAAACACGUUAAUAUGGCAAUGUUAGAGUAACGGAGAUGGCAUUUCAUUUCCUCUCCUUAGUCACAUUAUGUUGGAAUGUUAUUGUCAUUUCCAGAAGCCACACUUUGAAAUUACAAACAAAUUGAGGCAUUACCAGCCCACUGAAGGAAUUUUAAAUGCAAGACAUUUAAAGAAUAUUUGAAGGAUUUGGGGAGAUUUUGGUUAGGAAAAAAAGGGGAAUACAAUUAGUGCAUUAGAGCAAGAUGCUCUGUGGUUCAGAGGGGUGGAAUGAGGCUAUAGGGACACAGAUUUGGGUUCCAUGUCAGGGAGACAGUUCUCAAAAAUUGGUUCACUAUGGGACAGGUUGCUUCAGGUAAUAGCCUCUGUCAAGCAGAGGCUACAUAAGAGGCUGCCAAAGAUGUGGAGAGGAUCCAGUUGGUUGGAGCUUGGAGCAGGCAACUUAUUAACCUAAAUUCCAUGUUGUGUGUAGUAUUUUGCCCUUUAUAACAUGUUUGAUUAAAUAUUUGUUAAUCCAUAGCUAAUGAUUUUUUAAAUGGGGCCUCAUUCUUCUGCACAAGUGCAUCCCACCUUCAUCUUUCAGGAAAGAGGUUGGUUGCAGGUUGUUAGGCCAAGAGACUGGCCCUCCAUUAUGCCCCAUGGUGGACUUGCCUUAUCAGUCCAUUCACUGAUGUCCUGUUGAAAUCACAAAUUGGUUCUUGAGUUAAAAAUAUUGUUUUAGUAGAAGUUACAUGAAAUUAUCACUUGCCAAACAUAGGCCUUUAAUAAAUAAUGGGCGUCUCCUUCAUGAUUUUAGGAUAGGCCUUUUUAGCAGAGCAGAAUCUUCUGUUAAAAGUUCUCACAAACAGACCAACAUGAAGUUUUGCAGUUCCCAAGAGAGACGGGCUGGUGGGUCACUGACGUAAAGCAGUCCACAAGAUCUAUUUUAGAAAAGUCUCAAUGACAUUUCCUUAGUUUGUUUGAUUUACAUGAGAAUACAUGAGUUUAUCUUGAUAGGCUGAGAAAAAAAAUUUUUUUUUUAAAGAAUACUUGAGUUUAAAAGAACUGCUUUACAUAGAAAGCAAUAAAAACAAGUAUUUUUGACUUGAAAAUCAGAGGUAACUAUAAGCAAUUUUUGCUAAUAAAGCCUAUGGCCCAAAUUAUUCCACCUGCUAAAUAACUUUCACACCUGCUAGGCCGAUAGACGGCUUUUCAUUGGUCUUUUUUUUUUUUUUUUUUUUAAUCAUGGUCUUAAAUCAGUAUGGUGAGAAAUCUGUUUGUGUUUAGGUGAGACUUCUUUGACUCCUUUGGACAAGAGGUCAGAGCACAAAAGCUAGUCACCACUUUGACUUCUUGAGGUAUGAGCCAAAAUUUUACUUUCCCAUUGAUUUAAAGCAGAAUUUUUGAAGAUGCUGUGUUCUAGUUCCUGAUGGAAUCUUUGGUGGGUGGUGACUUUGACAGUUCAGAGUGAUGUGGGGAGUUAUACAGAAGGGAAAACACUAGUUUAGGUGUGAGGAGACCUAGCAUGCCACAAAUUAGCUGCGACUUUAGGCAAAGCACAAUAUUUUGAGCAUCAAUUUUUUUCAUCUAUGAGAUAGACCUGUCAGGAUUGUUGUGAAAAUUAGAUGAGACAAAUUGAAAGUACAAUGCUUGGUAAAUAGUAAGCACUCAAAUAUUAGUUCUUUUUCUCCUUAAUUAAGAGCAGACAUUGAAUGGUCUGAUGCCAAGUGAGAUCCUUAAGAGACAAAACAAAGAAACUUUCCUGGCUUCAAAGAAAAGAACUCCAUUUCUGAAAGGGUGCCUUAAAAGGAAGUCAUUAAUUUGAUCCAUCCUUUUGCCUUUGGGCAUUACUGUCACCCUCCAUUUCUUUACAUACUUCAGGAAAGGUGGUCUCUCUCUCUCUCCCAAAAGGCAAUUCCAGGGUUGUAAACUCAUUAUCAGGAAACUUAAUCUUAGAACUGAAAUACCUCACAGUGCAAUUUAAACCUCUUUCUUCUUGAUCCCAUUCUUCAUGGGAAGAAAACUGGGUUGAUCCCUAUCUUCUUUUUAAGGAGCCACAUUUGCCAUUUAUCAUUGCUCUUUUGCCUAUUAAAAAAAAAAUCAAAAAAAGCUCAUUAAAAUGAUAAUUAUUUACUUAGUGUAUGUCAGGAUAGGUAUUUAUUACUCUUAGCUUCUUAUUAGUAUCAGAUGUAGAUCAUAGUCUUACUGUUAACUCUUCAGUUAUAUAUAUAAUUUCUUUAGUUAUAUAAUUGAUAACAAAGUGUGCUUCUGAAGGAUUAUUCUGGUUGUAUGGCUCUUGUUUCCUCUCCUUCAUUAAAAAUGGAGUCAUGAAUCUCAGUUUUGUGAUCUGCUUUUAAUUUCAUAUAUGACAUUUUUUGAUGUCCAUAAUUACUAACAUCCAAAAGGGUUUCUUCCCCUUUCUACAUGUGCACUAAGUUCUAAAACAAAAAUUGGAAUACAAAAUGCCUACUAAAGCAAAAAUUUAUGUACAGAAAAGCAAAAAUAAUCUAGUUUGUUAAGAUAAUUUGUCACUAACUGGUUGAAUAACACACAGUUUUUGUUUAAAGUUACACAGUUAAGCCUGGAUUAAUUAACAAUAGUAAAACUUGACAAGUCUUUUGAAAAACAGCUGCUAAACAUAUUGCUGUCUGGAAUGUAAUCAUUAGCAACGAAUACUCUCUUAUCCUAUACAAUUGCAGAAUGCUAGUGGAACUUUCUUGUAGGCUAUUUGACAAUGAAUGUUAAUUGAAUUAUUUUUUAAAAAUGUAAAAUCCUUUGGUUCAAUUCAUUCACUUCAGAGGACAGUAAAACUCUGAAAAAAAAAAAAAAAGUAAAAUCCUCUUAUCCCUUUAAAGCCUGUUUACACUUUCAUGUCCCUGUUGUAGAAAAUUUCAAAUGCUGGCUUCUAAUUUCUACUCACUGAAGUGUCUUCCAGACAUACCAGAUGGUUGGAGCUCCUUUGAUAGCAUAUAAGGGAGCUAUAUAAAUGUAUGUGAACUAACUCAUGAGCAAAAUUUCUGUUUUCAGAAAAAAAGAAAAAAGAAACUGCUCAUAAUUUUGAUAAUACAAGAGUAAAAAGAGAUUUCUGAUAAUAUGAAGGGAAAAAGUGUGCCCCAUAUAUCUUGUACACACUUUUAAUGCAUGAAUUUUAGUAUAGAAAUGAAAUAAAAUGCAAAAUAUAUAAUUCUGAAGAUCUUAGCAGCUAGUAAAAAUAUUUAGAAAAGCUGCUUUAUGAAGACUUAGAGAAUCCUUGAUCUCCCCACCUUUCCUAUCACUCCAUUAAAACAUGGGUCUUUAAUAUUAAUAAACACAUAGUUUUAACUAAUAAACAGGUUAAUUACUGAGUUUUAUGAACUCAAUUCUUCAUAUUUGCCUAUUGGUUUUAAGCAUAGGAUAUCAGUAUUAUUUGUAUACAGCAGUAUAUAAAAUUUAACCAACUUCAAUAUAAGAAUAGUACUUGAUUUUAAAUGUUAAUAUGCAAAUAUUAACAGUAUACUACAUCAUAUUUUAUGUGUUCAUAUACUGAUUUUUUUACUUAACAAAAAGCCUGUUAGAAAUAUAACCCACUGAUGACUUGAGUCCAGUUAGCUGAAAACAUUCUAUAGGAAGAUGAUUGUAUGAAAAAUUUAAUCAACGUUAAAAAAGGGAAGUGGGGAGGGAACAGAAACUUGAACAAAAUAUUCUUAAAUGAAGUUGCAUCUCUUUUUAAAAUUAAGAUACAAUUGGUGCGCCAUAUUGGUCACCCUAUUAAAGUGUAAACUUCAAUGUUUGUAAUCAUAUUCACUAAGUUGUGCAACAUCACCACUGCCUAACUUAGGAACAUUUUCAUCACCUCUGAAAGAAACUGCAUACCAUUUGCAAUCACUCCUUCUCGUCCUUCCCCCAGCAUCUUGCAACCACUAAUCUACUUUCUGUCUCUAUAAAUUUGCCUAUCCUGGAUAUUUCAUAUAGUCAAACAAUAUUGUGGCCUUUUGUGUCUGGCUUCUCUAAAUCAGCAUAAUGUUUUCAAGACUGAUCCAUGUUGUAGCAUAAAUCAGUACACUGUUUUCAUGGCUAAAUAAUAUUUCGUUGUAUGUAUAUGCCACAUUUUAUUUGUCCAUUUAUCAUUUGCUGGACAUUCGGGUUGUUUCCACUUUUUUAUUAUAAUAAUGCUGCUAUGAACAUUUAUGUAAAAGAUUUUUUGUAUGGGUUAUGUUUUCACAUCUCUCUUAAAAACAAUUAGUCUAACAAAUCAAAUCAUUUAUGUUUACUUAAGUAGAAUCUCUUGCAAUUCUAUUUGGAGAGUGCAACUUAUGAUCUUGGUUUAAUUGAUCAAUUAGGAGACCCCUGAAUAAAGACUAACUCCCCAAUAUAUCCAUAAGAAUUUUUCUACGAGCCUGUCAUUUAGACAUGAUAAUCAAUUUCAUGAAGACUGUUUUAGUCUUGCAGAAAUUGAGUUGUCAUCACACGGAGGAUUUCUUGUCCUCUGCAUUGUUUUAAAGGACAACUACAAAUCAUGCUGGAGAAGAGUACUCAUUAAAUCUUUUAGGAUUCAAUGAAGUAGCAUUUUAAAUAUGUAAGUUAUUUUAUAUAUUGUCUGUCUUUUAAAGUUUGGACUUGGCUUCUUGAAAAAAAGUUUGUCAGAUCACCAAACCACAUGACUGUCCAUUCAUUGUAGCUUAUGUUUUUAUUAUUAAGGAAUAAUUCAUACUGAAAGUAAAAGAAAAAGAAUGUAUUUUGUGUGCAAAGGAUGAAUGUAUUAAAAACUUUUUAUUUGUAACAGUUUUUUAAAAAAAGCUAAAUGGAAAUUGCUUUCCCAUGUACUUGUAUAUAAAUAAACAUUUCCUCUUGCCCACA